AUGCCCUCACUCGUCCAGAAUUUCGACCCCUCUCCGAUACCACCUGGCGCAAUCAUGGAAUCAUCCGCUGCAGAUAAGAAGCGCAACAAACUUGGGUACCAUCGCACCUCUGUCGCAUGCGUGCACUGUCGACGACGCAAGAUCCGAUGCCUGGUCGCCGCGGACGACGCCCAGGGACGCUGCGAAAACUGCAUCCGGUUGCGCAAAGAGUGCCAGUUCUUCCCCGUCGACCAGCAGCCCCCAAUCGAGAAGAAAUCGCGUCCGAGUUCCCGUCUGGAAACAGCAUCUACUGAUCCUUCGACGGCAUCGUCGUCGCCACCCACUCUCACUGGCGAGCAAACCGAGGCGUACUUCCCGUAUCAAUCAAUGUCGUUGGGCGCCAACACGGAUGUAGCGGGGUUCAACGCUGCUGUGUUUCCGGGUAACCCCAUGGCAGCUUUCGCUCCUGAUCGCACCGUUCCUUCUGAAUUCGCGCCGCACCCGGCCAUGGACCCUUCCACUGUCGCCUGGGACGACUUCACGACCAUUCCCGAUCAGCAAAUGCUGGCCUCAAUGGCUGCAGGCAAGACCAUGAUGAACAUGCCUGCGAAUGUCUGGACGCCCACGCCGGGCCAAAUGGCCCCGAUGCCGGCGACAUCUCCUCUUCCGGGCACUCCAACGGUGCCCUCGCAGAAUCAACCGCUCAAUCCAGCACCCACCUAUACCAUGCAGCCCGACGGAUCUGUGUGGCAGGUGGCACCCACGCGGUCGAUGACGUUCCCUGCGCAACCCGCCGACAUGACGGCAUCGUAUCCCAAUCCAGGUCAAUUCGUGCAACCGCUCCCCGCGGAUCUCAAACGCAGAAUGACUAGUCCGGCGCAAUCAUUCCCUGGGGUCCCGAUGAAUCCGCAAAGUCCGCCCUCCGCGGAUCUACAAGGUACGCCGGUGUCUGUUUCGUAUCCUGGUCAACCGGGGGCGAUGGGAUAUCCUGGAUGGCAGGAUCUCAAUGCUAUGUCUCCGAUGAGUGUGGUGCAAUAUCCCAUGUAUGCUGGCGAUCCCGUGCAGCAAGCAGGGUUUGGCAGUCCUCCGCCCAUGGGACAUCCGGGUCAAGGACAAUCUCCGCCCUAACGCCGCAGCCGACAAUGGGCAUCACGAACAUUCCGAUUAGAACUUCCAAACUACACAGUGGCAUGAUACCCCGGGCGACGCAUUGC